GCAUCAGCAGCAGCCCCACUGGAGCCCGUGCACCGCGUGCAGCCGCACCGCCACUCCCCGCCUCAGUCGGAGGAGAGCGCGCUGCUGCGCUAUCUGUGUUGCCCCAUGCCCGGCAGCGUCGUGGUCGCGUCCAACCUGCGCCGCACCAUCGACACGGCGCGCAUCGCGUCGGCCUCGAGGCUGGAGACGCCCGGCGAGAGGAUCCACGUGCUGUCGUGUCUGCAGGAGAUCGGCCGCAACUUGGACACGCUGGCGCUCAGUGCGCCGCACUCUGCUCACCCGCACGAGGUGCUGGUGCAAGGUCUACGCGGGGAGAAGCGCCACGACGAGCUGUUCAAUGUGGCGGAGAGCCACGGCAACAAGGCGGUGCUGGGCAGCGGUCGUGACCGCCUGCUGGCGUUCGCGCACUGGGUCUUCAAGCAGCAGAAGGACGUGGUGGUCGUGUACGGCCACUCGCUCUGGUUCCGAGCAUUCUGCCGCGAGUUCUUCCCCAGCGACCUGCAGCAUGAGGCUAAGGAGGCAAAAAUGAGCAACUGCGGCGUCGUGACCUUCAUGCUGGAAGAGCGCAACAGAGGUGGAGGGGAAGCUGCGCAGUACAGUAUCCAGCCGGAGAGCUUCCAGCACCUUAUCUAAGUGGAAUCCUGUCGGAUGAAGACGAACUUCCAUCGAAGCCUUUCAAGGUGUUUGUGGUUAAAUUUUCUAGUACGGAGUUGAAAUUUGAAGACCACGUUCGGCCUAUUCU